UCCGAGUGAGGCUUGUUCGUGCCGUGACUGUUACGUGUCAUUAAUUUUCCGCCAUUAUUCUCAUGUUUUAUCCUCUUUGGAGCUUUCCAGUUUCCACUUUUACGCUGGACCUCUUUCUCUCUCCUCCAUUGAAGCGUAUUUUUUUUAUGCAUUGAAGUAGCUUCUGACCUUUGUCUCCUCCAUUGAAUCAGCUUCGGAGCAGCAUAUUUGUAAUUUCAGAUUAAGAAGUGGAGGCAAGAUUGUUCUGAAGGUGAAAGGAUCUUUACUUUGGACAAAUGGUGCAAGGAAUGUCAACGAGUACAUUGGCGAAUCCUGGAAGCACUGGACUAUAUAGAUCAACUCUUCUAUUAAGGACGGUGAAGAAAUUUCAGUUACUGAAUAAGGCUGAAAGACAUUGCCUCUGGAAUUGUGGUGUACAGAAUGUAUUUAUCAAAGGACAAUCCUAUAUCACAGGACAAAGAGGCAGGAGGGUUGAAGCAGGAUGGCUUUUCAAAGGGGGUGGGGGUGAUAAACGAUUGGAUGCAAGCAUCGAACAUAGUGAGAAGGCCAAUGAAGAUAUAUUGAUUUUCUUUUUCCAGCUGGACUUGGCAACCCGGGUCCAGUACGCUCUGAACUUGGAGCAGUACGAUAUUGCCCAACAGUUGAGAACCAGGCUAACUGAGGUUGAAGAAGAAGUUAUCAAGCAGCAGAAUACAAAGAAGGGUUCAACCUCAAAAGUUGACGCUCAGGAUCAAGGCAUUCGUCUACUGAGAUUGCGUGCUGAACUACAGAACGCAAUUGACAAUGAGAACUAUGCCAUGGCUGCUGAGUUACGUGAUGAAAUUUCCAAAUUAGAGGCAGAGUCUCUAGCUGCAUCAGCAAAUGCUUUGGCUUAUGAGAAUGUUCAGUAUGUAUUCCGCUUAGGACAGAAAGUGAGACAUAAGAAAUUUGGGUACUGGGGUGUGAUUUGUGGCAUGGAUCCAGUGUGCUGUGAAUCAAGUGGAUGGAUGGAAGCUGCGAAUAUUGCAAGUUUGUCCAAUGGUUCUAAUCAGCCUUUCUAUCAGGUCUUAGUAGAUGUUCAUGAAGAUCCAGACCUUCUUGUGGCAUAUGUUUCUGAAGAGAAUCUAUUAGCGCCAGAAAAGCCGGACUUGGGAAGGUUUGAUCACCCUUAUGUUUCAUUUUUAUUUUAUGGAACUGACACUACUGGAAAUUUCAUCCCAAUCAAGCAACUUCGCGAGAAGUACAAUCAACCAAGGUAUGAAGUACCUUCUGAUCCUGAAGAUGAAGAAAGUGGAGAAGAUUCUUGAUGCAAAUUACAUUAGAAUCAGAUGUUCCCUUUUACUUGGGUAAUUGUUGUAGCAAACUGGGAAGCCUGAUCUUGAAACUCCUGAAUCAGCUGAUUUGCUGAAUUCUCGAUACAUGUUUGGUAAUUGGCUUCUGUGUCUAGAUGCUGUAUUGUGUCCUUUGUAAAUCUUGAUAGUGCUGAUUUUAUACACCGUAAGAUUGAUAGUUGAAAGCUUUUUGUUGAUCGUCAAAUCUUAAUACACACUCGAAGCGGUCUAACACAUCCAUCACUAAUUCACCGCACUAUCUUCAUCUGUUCACCACACUAUCUUCAUCUGGGCAUCUGGCUUCUGUUUCUAGAUGCUGUAUUUUGUAAAUCUUGAUAGUGUCAAUCAAUACUGUGUGGUUAAACGUCAAAUCUUAAUGAUAUUAUUACUUUUUCAAUGGUCCAACACAGCCAUCACCAA